UUGGCAUGCGCGGCCACGGCCCGGCUCUCUUAGAUGCAGACCAUGUGGCGGCAUUCUGGCCUGUUCGGUGUGCCGGCACCCACACGGCCAGCCCUACUUCCCAGGGCAAGGUAGUUCUAGCUCCAAGGUACCUUAGGUUCCACGGCCACCCGGCAAGCUGGAUUGACUCCCGUCUCGCCAGGAGCCGUGAUCCAUUAAAGCUCUGGACUCCCCUCUUCAACCUCAUCCACCUCGCCCUCCCCAUCCUCCCUACCCUAUACUACCCCAGGUAUGUACAGGCAGGCGGGAUCGUUCCUUCAUCUUCCUUUCCUUUCCUUGUCUUUUCCUUUCUCUUGCCGCCAGCCGAGAUAAACAAUGCAUUAUUCUCGCUGGUGCCAGGUUCUCGUUGCCUGGCCUAUUCUCUGUCACUGGGGCCUGGCGCUCCAGGUUUCCUCCGACUCGGCCUGUGCCUCGUCUUGCCUUUCAGUCACCCUCGGACAGCCCGGCGCGAACCCGAGAGCAUUGGCGGACCAACCCCUUGCAUGCACCGACAAAGAAUUCGAUUCUUCUCCGAACGGCCGUGCUUUCCAGUCGUGUAUCAACUGCCUCCAGACCAGCACAAGUGUCACUGGAGCCAAGAGUGACCUCUACUGGUUUGUCUACAGCCUGCGCUCGACCCUCGAUUCCUGCCUAUUUUCGACCCAGAACGAGACAAAGUUGCCGACCAGCUGCGCUGCCGACAGCCAGUGUGGCGGCCUCCGUGAUUCCUUUGCCGAUGCCCCCUUGAGCUCCUCAUUGCCGGAGCUCCAGUAUUGCGUAAAAGGGGACAGUUCUUUUCAACAGCAAGCCACCUCUUGUUCUAAGUGUCUCCGGAACAACGGCCAGGCGUACAUGUCAAACUUCCUCACUGCCUUUGAUGCCGGCUGCUCCCAAGUUCAGACUUCUGGCUCGUCCCUUGGAAUCAAGGGCCCUCUCUUUAGCACCGAGGAGGUGACCACUCCCUCAAAUCCUACCCAGUCAGUUGCCUCAAACGACAACCCGCUCACAACUGUCACCGUUGUGACAAUCAGCGCGGGGUCUUCGCUUCUGGUCAUCAGCGUUGUCGCUCUCAUUAUCAUGUUCUUUCGACGACGAUCGAGGAUCGCGAAGAGAAAAAGCUUUGGCAACUAUAUCCCGAACAGUCCCAUCAGCAAAGCGAACUUCACCCACGCGUCGCACGCCGAGACACAUGGCCUUGCCGAGCUUGGAAUUACCGGCAUUGGAUAUAACCGCCAGCAGACAGUUCAAGACCCAGCAGCAGCUAAUAACGGGAGACUCGUUGCCGGUCGGCGGUACACUGGGCCGCCUAGGCGGCGUCCAAACCCACCAGACACGAGAGCAGUUCGUCGUCCUCCGCCCAUAUAUCUUAGUCCGACAGGAGAGCCUUGGGUUAGGGUCCCUCCUCCCAGAGCCCCGUUACCACCUCCCCCACCCUCUACAAGCCGGCUCACGGCACGCUCGUCGACUUCGGUGACAUCGCCUCGGCCAUUACACCGUCCGUCUCGAGAGUUCAGCUUUCAGUUCCCAUCUCCACCGACAUAUGAGCACCUUCCCACCAGCCUGGCCCUCGUGACGUCUCCAAGACUCAGGGGCUGGACAAUGUCGUCGGAUGCCUCGCGUCACUUUGAAACGCCACUCGGCAUCGUGCAGCCAUCUUCUCCGGCGACAUCUCCGCAGGGUCUUUGGAGGCCAUCUUUAGAACUCAAGUCGGGAUAGGUGACAUCGGUGUCUACUGGAUCAUUCACAAAAGGCAACCCCGCCCAGAAGCUGUAAGGCUUGUAUCCUCGGGUGCGGGUAACGGCUGAAGUCGGUGUUCACAAGCUGCGCAACUACUCCC